AUAAUAGAUUUUGCAGCAAAUAAACUUAACCUGGAACAGUGGUUUUCUAUCCAUACCACGACUAAUGAGGAGAUUUUAUCCGCAAUAGAUAAAGUCAUAGAAGCCAAAAGAUCUUUCAAGCUUCGCGAUUCUCAAAAACUAUCAGUUAUGAUACUUCUAACGAAAAAAAAUAUUUUGGCUCAGAUAUCAACGGGAGAAGGCAAAUCGUUGAUAAUUGUUGCAUUCGCUAUUAUCAAAGCUAUGAGGAGGGAAACACUUCAUGUUGUUACAAGUUCGACAGUAUUGGCUCAACGUGAUGCUACAAUCAAUAAUGAUAUUUACAGUGCUUUUGGUAUCAAUGUUGGAGAUAAUUGUGAUCAAGUUAUUGAUAAAAGAAAACAAUCUUACUCUAGAAAUAAAGUAAUUUAUGGAGAAUUGUCGUACUUUCAACGUGAUUAUUUGCUUGAUACAUUUUUCGACGAAAACAUUCUGGGCGGUAACAGUUUUCAUAAUGUCAUGAUUGAUGAAGUAGACAGUUUGUUGGUCGACAAAGGCAAUAACAUGCUAUAUUUAUCUCAUGAAAUUGCAGGAUUUGACAAAAUUGAAUCGGUAUAUAUCUUUAUUUGGAAUUGGAUUAAUUCGCCUGUUAAAUCUGAAGAAAAUUUUGCUGACAUUUUCAAUGAAAAUGACAUACAUAAUGCGGUUAUGCAUGAAAUCUAUAACAUUAUUGAUGAAAAAGAUCUUCAGAGCAUAGACAGCGGUUUGACCGAAUCUGAAGUUACUUCUUUGUGGUUCAGUUUAAUUGACAUGAAGAUAUUGGAUUCCAAAGGCAAGGUAGUAACAAAUGAUAUCGCAAAAACUGAUCUGGAUAUAAUAUUGCCGGAGAAAUUCAAAACGUAUUCAUCUCGACUCGCCUUUCUCUUUAGAAACUGCAUAGAUAGACCAAGAAAUAUUUGCCUGCCAAAUUAUUUAAAAGGUUUUGUCGAACUUCAUUUAAAGAAAUGGAUCAGAAGCGCCAUCUCGGCUUUAUUUAUGAAGGAGUUCCAGAAUUAUGUAAUUGAUGUUGAUAGAAGUGGCAGCAGCUCAGAUAGAAAUCCAAUUGUAGUUAUUUUAGAUACUGAUACUGGAACUGAUCAACUUAAUUCACAAUGGGACGAAGCGUUGCACCAGUUUUUGCAACUCAAACAUGGCUGUAAAUUAACCAUGCAAAGUUUGAAAUCGGUUUAUAUAUCAAAUGUAUCGUAUUUUAAGCUAUACAAAAAUAAAUUCGGUGUUACCGGCACCUUGGGAUCCGAACAAGAAUUGAGUCUUUUGAGAGAUCUUCACGAAGUUACCACAGUUACAAUUCCGACAUCAAAGGCAAAACAAUUCACGCCACGUGAACCGAUUCUCUGCAAAACUAUUGACCUUUGGAUCGAAGAAAUAAAAAAAGAAGCAAUGUCUAUCAUCGAGAACGAGUCGCGUUCAAUUUUGAUAAUUUGCGAGACAAUGCACGAGGUGAAUUUACUUCACGGAAAGUUGCGCAAUGUGAUCGAAAUGGUGACAUACACUCGCGACUACGAAGAGUUUGCCGAAAAGGAGAAUUUGUCGUGCGGCACUGCUAUCAUUGCAACCAACUUGGCUGGUCGUGGCACCGACAUCAAGUUAUCUCGCGAAUUGUGCGAACGGGGCGGCCUGCACGUCUGCAUGACGUACCUACCAGGAAACUGUCGAGUGGAGGAGCAGGGAUUCGGCAGAUCGGCCAGGAGGGGUGAGAUGGGAUCAGGCCGACUGAUCGUGAUCAGCGACGAAGCCGACAUGACGAGUCUGCAAAUGAAAAGGGACGAGGCCGAGCUCAGGCGAGUGUCCGACAUCAAAUCUUAUUACGACAGGCAAAUUAGAACCGAGGAAAGUUAUUUCAAACAAUUUACUGAUACAUAUGAGAUGCUGAAAAGAAGGGUCGUGAAUUUGGAUUUCAGUAAAGUGCUAUUGGACAGCUGCUUGGAUAAGUGGGCGAUGUGGUUAGAUAGCAUUUCCGAGCAUAUAUCUAUGAUUGAAAAUGAGCAGAGCAAAUUAUUUGCAGACAAUUCUUUAAAGGCUCUUUUAUCCGAACUGAAUGAACUUAAACCGGAAGGUACUUAUGAAAACUGGGUAUCUCACAAUCAAAUGAGAAUGACCGCUCUUGCAAAAUGUUUCCUUGAUACGCGACGAUAUGAUAUUGCACUUGCUCUAUUUAACGAAGUUAUACAUAAUGAACCUCUAUUCUGUGAGACUGCAUAUUAUUAUAGAGCUCUUAUUUACAGAAAUUCUACUGAAAAUAUUGCAGAUAUGCAUAAAUCACUAGUUGAAGCAAGUAAACUGUUCACUCAUCACAGAAAUCAAUUACUGAUUUAUUCAAAUACAGUGGACAUAAUUAAAGACACGACAAACGUUGGUCUGAUACAAAUACAGUCCUAUAAUGAACAGAAGAAAUGCACAUAUGAAAUAUAUUCUGCCUAUUUGCAGUCUAUUGAUGACAUUUUGGGCAGUCCAAUCACAAUGGAAACUUUUUCCGAGAUGGAUGGCGAGUUGUUAAGAACUCUCCACAAUGAUUUAAUCGAGCGAAAUAUUUUGAGAAGAUCUAAAGCCAAUGGUGACAUCGAUAAUAGGACUUUAAAGGCUGUGGCAAAUGAAUUUAAAAUAUCUUUCACUUCACUCCGAGAAAUUCUGAAUGAGACUAAUGAGCUCACAGAUGAUAAAACCUUUCAGCAAGAAUUAAAAGAUAGAUUAAAUUUUUGUAGUAAAGAUAAUUUCUGGAAUGAAUUAAGGUGUAAAAAUAUCAUAACCGAUGUUGUUGAGUAUAUUUCAGUAAAAAUUAGCAAAUUCAAGAAUUAUUUCGAAGAAUAUUGUGAUCUUGCAUCUGAACAAAAUAAAAAAUCCGAGUUAUCUUUAUUACUUAAUCAAACCAGUGUACUAUUUUUUGACCUUGAGAAUAUGAGGAAAGAUAUAUAUGACGAGAACUGUUUAAUUUUAGAAAAAGUAGAUUUAGCAGCAAUAAUUGGGAAUAAUAAUAUCGCCUUUAUGAUGAAUAAAGAUAUAACGACUACAAAUUACGUUGGAAUAAUUAAUGCUGAAAACUGCGAAUCAUCAUUCUUAAAUUCUCACGAUUCCAUAACAAAACAGGAUUUUCUGGACCAGAAUAUAUCAGAGGACGAUACCGAUAUAAUUCUAAAUCAUCUAACACAAUUAGAAAUUUUGGCUAAGGAUGAUGUGAACACAAAUGUUUAUAGAUUGGGAGAAGGAUUUGCAAAAAUGGAUGGGCAGAAUUUACCAUCUUGGAAUCUGUAUGAAGAAACAAUAUUACGGCUUAUGUCGGACCGGUUUUUCUUCCGAAUGAAUUUGCAAGAAAUUCGAAAGUGCAUCGACGCCGGUGAGAAAAUUGCACUACUAGAUUUUUCGCCAAAUCCGCAUCAACUCCUCUAUUGGUCUCUAGUUGAAAAUAGAUUCGUAGAAAAAGGAAUUGUUUGUUUUAGUGAUGUCAGUAUUAUUGAACAAUAUGUUUCAGAUAUACAGAAUUUUAUAAUUACCAAAAAAAUAAUAAGAGAUAUGCUUAUUACUUUCGAUCGUAUCCGUGAUGAGAAUCUUGUGAAUAAUAUAUGGGCGCAUCUCUUAGAACAACGUUGGAUUUUAGCAGGAAAUACAGGAUUAACGGAUGGAAAAUUUGUCAUUAGUUAUAUUAAUAUUUGCAGAAUUAAUUUAGACAGACAUGUAGAAUAUGAAGUUAUUUUGAGAGAUGGUUUAAAGAAUCGAGUUCAUCUUGGUGCAUUUGGAGAAAUGAUCUAUGAUAAAUUGAAAAAUCUAAAUACUCCUGAUAUAAGCAAGUGCAAAUUGGUACUUGGAGAUUCUUCUGGUCUCAACAGUUAUUUAUAUGCAAGCGAAGAAAUGCAGGCCCUAAGAAUAUGUGGUCUCGAUGAGUUUUUGUCUUUUAAGGCCCGUUUCUCGUGGAAACGAUGUGUGAAAUUAGUUUUUGGGGUUUGUAAAAUAUUACUGAGUGUUGCAUAUCGUGUAAUAUCUGAUAUAUUCCAUAACACUAGAGACGGCAUCUCCCAGAGAUUAUUCAACAGUGGAUUCGCAGAUAUAAAAGAAAGUUUUGCAAUUUCAAAUAUAACAUGGCACGAUUAUAUAAAAUAUCGAAUGAUCGAUAUAAUGCGAAAUUGUGUUAAGUAUGCAAAAGGAUUUAUUUAUCGAGGAAAUCGCUUGUCCAGAUCACAGAACAAAAUUAGCCGCGUUGUGGCUCAUGCAACGAAAUCGAUGGAAUUUCAGCCGAGCAUAAAUAUAUUUCUGUCAAAUUUGAAUCGUGAUAUACAAGCAACAAUAAUGGAAAGAAUUGAUGUCGAAUUAGAAAUAAAACUGGAAGAAGAAAAUUCUCUUCUGCAGAAAUGCUCGAGGCAAUUGGGAGUGGAAACCUUUCAACAUAUUUUCAUGGAUUACUUUGUGAAGAAAGACAAUAACAUUAGACUUGCAAUUGUUCUAUCAAACAUAAAAGGUGAAAUGAUGACAAAAAUUAGAAAAAUUACUAAGAAAAUCUUAGCGGAAGGUUCAAAUCGUAAUACAAUAGAAAAGCUACACAGUACUAUAAAUAUUUCACAAGAACAUAUAAAUGAUUUAUUGGAAACUUUUGAAGACAUUAUGAAUAACUCUAUUAGCGAAUUUUCUGUUGAUGUACCUCUAGACGCUCCUGCAGAAGAAAAUAUAGAUACUAAACUGCUGAAAAAGUUCCUGCAUGACAUAACAGAUAACUUCUUAGUAGAAAAUUUGAUGGAUCCAAUUUUUACAGAAGGCGCCAGAAUAAUGAAUGAUAUAUUCCUGAAAAGAGACAUGGAAGUGUACGAGACAACACUUUGUAAAGACAACUCUUCAGAUGAUGUAUGUUUAAAAAUGAAUUUGCUUGAAAAUCGAAGAAACGCAGAAGAAUCUGCCCAAAGAAAAACCAUUUAUUGUGCUGAUGUUUUAACUAAUACUUAUAACCAAAAAAUUUCGUGCCUUCUGGAGAGAGUUCGAGACAUAUCAUCGUUUGCAGAACUUUUAACGGAAAACGCGUCUAUAAAUGAAGUCUACUUAAAACUUUUUGUUCACGUCAUUCCCAAAGUACUGAAUUUAGAUUGUUUAACAAUUUACGUUAACUAUGAAGAUAACAGCUGCCAGAAAUAUUCGACAAACGAAACAUCUGGAUCACCAACUGUAAUUAACAUCAGUUUGGUAAAUGGAAAAUUUCAAUUGUAUGACAAUGGCUAUGUGGACGACUUUAAGCAAUUUCUUAAACAUCCAAAUAAUUUGUACAUCGCUCUUUCUGGAAAAUAUCAUUGUCUGAUCACCCAAGAAAGAUUUGCCGAAUUAAUUGCAAAACAUAUAGAAAAAGAAAAUGAAUUGAAUUCCAUCUUGAAGAAUAUAUGGAAAGAACUUGAUGAAUCUUCAGAGCAGUAUGUAACUGAAAGUAAUUUACAAGAUCCGAUAAAUGAAGAAUACAACUAUGAAAUCGAUGAUAUCAAGAAGAAUUUGAAAGCCAUCGUUGCAAAGAAACUAUAUAAAGAAGAUGAUGACUUUGAAAUAAUAGAGAAAUUCGAUAUAACUCUCGAAUCGCAAAAUAUCGAGGCAAAACCUGGUACCAGCACAGACACCUAAAAUCCAUAGAACUGGAGCAAAAACACUAAUUAGU